AAUGGCCUCCUCCGCCCCUAGCUUGUAGCACCGCUAGCGUGAUGCCAGCCACAGCAGAUACUUUGCCCCAGCAGUGUUUGUCGAGACAAAGGUUUUCCUGAACAGCGGUUCACUUCACUUUGUCCCAAGCUGAGGUCUGUGACUGUAGUUUACUCUGGACACGAUGGCUGCUGUUCAGAAACUAUUUCCUUAUACUCCUAAAGCACCUAUAAGACAGGGGAUUUACAGCCAGGCGGUGGUGGUGGAUCGGACCAUGUACAUCUCCGGCCAGCUGGGGCUAGACGUGGCCUCAGGGAAGCUGGUGGAGGGAGGGGUACAGGCUCAGGCCAGACAGGCUCUGGUCAAUAUGGGAGAGAUCCUGAAAGCAGCUGGAUGUGGUUAUGACAAUGUCGUCAAGACAACCGUGCUGUUGGCAGACAUUAAUGACUUUGUCAACGUCAACGAUGUUUAUAAGACAUUUUUCAGCAAAAACUUCCCUGCCAGAGCUGCCUACCAGGUUGUUGCCCUCCCCAGAGAUGGUCUGGUGGAGAUCGAGGCUGUGGCUGUUCUGGGACCCAUCUCUGAGUCCUGACUAACCGGCCAGAGCAUCAACAAGCUGUAAACUAACUAACCUGGAAGUGAACGUUUAACAACCUUGAAAUAGUCAUAGUUUAAAUAUUAAUUAAAUUAACCCAAACCACUCUUAGACUUAGACUACACUGCUCAGACAUUCUAAGGCCUUGAAGAGGAUAUAUAAUGUCAUAACAUGUUCCUGUUUGUACACUGAACAAAAAUAUAAAUGCAACAUCUAAAGUGUUGGUCCCAUGUUUCAUGAGCUGAAAUAAAGAUCCCAGAAAAGUUCCAUGUAAAAAAAAAAAGCUUAUUUCUCUCAAAAUCCAUACACAGACCUUACCCAAAGCCAUACACAGGCCUUACCCAAAGCCAUACACAGGCCUUACCCAAAGCCAUAUACAUGCCUUACCCAAAGCCAUACACAGGCCUUACCCAAAGCCAUACACAGGCCUUACCCAAAGCCAUAUACAGGCCUUACCCAAAGCCAUACACAGGCCUUACUCAAAGCCAUACACAGGCCUUACCCAAAGCCAUACACACAGGCCUUACCCAAAGCCAUACACAGGCCUUACCCAAAGCCAUAUACACAGGCCUUACCCAAAGCCAUACACAGGCCUUACCCAAAGCCAUACACAGGCCUUACCCAAAGCCAUACACAGGCCUUACCCAAAGCCAUACACAGGCCUUACCCAAAGCCAUAUACACAGGCCUUACCCAAAGCCAUAUACACAGGCCUUACCCAAAGCCAUACACAGGCCUUACCCAAAGCCAUACACAGGCCUUACCCAAAGCCAUAUACAGGCCUUACCCAAAGCCAUAUACAGGCCUUACCCAAAGCCAUACACAGGCCUUACCCAAAGCCAUACACAGGCCUUACCCAAAGCCAUACACAGGCCUUAGCCAAAGCCAUACACACAGGCCUUACCCAAAGCCAUACACAGGCCUUACCCAAAGCCAUAUACAGGCCUUACCCAAAGCCAUAUACAGGCCUUACCCAAAGCCAUACACACAGGCCUUACCCAAAGCCAUACACACAGGCCUUACCCAAAGCCAUAUACAGGCCUUACCCAAAGCCAUGUACAGGCCUUACCCAAAGCCAUACACAGGCCUUACCCAAAGCCAUACACAGGCCAUACCCAAAGCCAUAUACAGGCCUUACCCAAAGCCAUACACAGGCCUUACCCAAAGCCAUAUACAGGCCUUACCCAAAGCCAUACACAGGCCUUACCCAAAGCCAUACACAGGCCUUACCCAAAGCCAUACACAGGCCUUACCCAAAGCCAUACACAUGCCUUACCCAAAGC